AAAUUUUUAUUAACAAUUUAUAUGAUAUGCAGUAAAUGGCACUUCAAUAUAUACGAAUAUAUAUUAAUUUAUAUAUUAUUCGUCACUUUCAAAAAUUAAAAUACAUCACGGAAAAACAUCGAUUAAAAAGAUUGGAAACUCGACUUAAAAUAUAUUCUUAGGCUAUGUAUCGAUUUAUCGAUAGACCUUUUUGUUUUCAUUGGUUUAAAUCGCUCGACUGAAGCAUGACUACAUGAUAGAGGUUUGAUUAAAACAGAGUACUUAUUAAUAUUUACACCAAACUAUCUAUUUAUUCACAAUGUUUACUUCAGCUAUUGACUAAUAUGUCAAAUAAAUAAUCAUAUGAAAGUUGUGUAUAUACAUUUGUCAGAUCUGUGUUCAGAUUUUCUUAAUAUUAUUGUAAUUAUUAACUAUUAAUCGAAAUGACAUCAAAACCUGAAAUUACUUUGGAGCACUUUUAUAUCUUCAAUGGCACAUAUGCAAAAAAAGAAGGCGAAGAAUUAUAUAGAUUAAACAGUGAAUUUACAUAAACAUAACCUUUAUCAUUUUCGUAAGUGUUUUCAUAUUCAUGUAGGAGGAGAAAAAAAUACUUUAUUAUUACCCAGAAAAAGAAUUAGAUGUACAAAUUAAAAAUAUAGGUCUUAGUGAAGCAAUUAUUAAAUUCACAGAAUCUUUUAAUCCUGGACAACCUUGUGAUUAUUGUCAUACACAUAAAACUCGUCAAAUUUACUAUCAACCAGAACCAGAUUUUUGGAUGGUAAUGAUUGUUGGUAUACCAUACAUCUGUAGAGAAAAGGAUGGUAACAAAUAUAUGGAAUAUCAAAAUGAUGAAGUCUCGAGUAGUGUUUGUCAAGCUAUAUUAAAACAAACUUAUGUUAUGUUUCGAUUAUUUAUGGGUUCCUUUGAAACGAUAAUCAAUGAUCCUGAUUGUGGUUCCAUAACUCUAUUAAAACAUAAACUUGAGCAUUUUUUUUCAAGAUACCUGCUAUCAUUAAAAUUAAAUAACAGUGAUAUUUUGGAUGUUUUUCAAGGAUUGCAAUUUUUACCUCUUGACAAAAUCACAUUUUUACAAGUACAAUGCUUUAUGAAUCUUGUAGAAGCAAUGUUUUCUCAAGUUAAAUAUACAGCAUUUCUUUACAAUGAUCAGGUUGUAUGGAGUGGAUUAGAACCAGAAGAUAUGCAAGUAGUAUAUAAUUAUUUAGUAAGCACAUUAUUACCAGCUCAUCUUGAAAAAGAAUUACACGGAGGAUCAAUGCCUCGAAAUUCUCCAUCACCAUUCACUAGUUCCCAUUAUGGAAAGUUUAUUAUUGGACCUUCCAGUAUCAAUGAACCAAGUUUAAUAGGAAAAUCACCCACAGUUUUCAUUAAUUAUUCAACCAAACCUGUAUCUUUAUAUUUAGUUGUGUAUCGUGCGUUAAGUGCUACAAUAUGUCUCUUUGUUGACAGUAAAACAAAUUUGUUAAUAGACUUUUUUAAGAGUUUAGAUAGCUUUCUUGGUCCACAAUUAACUACAUUAGUUAGUUGUGUGGCUGAACAAUGUGCAAAACAUGUUAUAGUGACACCAGAAUCAUCUACAAAAUAUUUAUAUUUUAAUAAACUUAAUCUUGCUUACAAAAGUACAAUACAUUUAGAUAAUAGAAGGUGUUCUAAUGUAUUAACUACUCCUGAAGUAUUAAGGAUCAUUACUGAUAUAUAUAACGAUACUAAUAGGUUAAAAGAAGCUGGUGAGAUCAUCAUUAAAACUAUAAGUGAUUAUUGGGUUAUUGGAAAAUUAUCGAAUUUGAGAGAAUUUUUUGUUGUAAUACAGCAAAAGAGUGCCAGUAUUCUAGAGAUCGAUGAUGAAGUAAAAAGACUUUGUGACAAACAAUUAAAAAGUAUAUUUUUCCACUGAAUAAAUCUCCAGUGUUCAAAAAAUUUAGAAAAUGUAUAUUUUAACAAAUAAUAUUCAUUUUUGUUUGUAGUUGUAAAUUGAUAAACAAAGAUACUUUUAAUUAUGUAUCAAUAAUACAUUUUUUGAGAACUGAUCUUUUAAUUGCAAUUUUAUAAACAAGUUGUAUAAUUUAUUUCUUCAAUGUUAUGUAAAAUAUAUAUAAUAUGUCCAUAUAUAUAUAUUUAAAUGUAUCUAUUUUCUUAAGGCACGAUAUAAACAUUAUAAAAUCAUU